AAAAGAAAAAAAGGUACAUUUCCAUGGCUGACGGAGAAAGCCUGGAAAAAAGGAUUCGUACGUCUUAAAACAUCCCGAGGUGCUGCUGUUUGGUCCAUCGCCAAUAUGCAAUCUCUCAUCGCUGUUGGUCCCGCCUGCUGCCCUCUGUCUCACUCUCUCUCUUACGCUCCUCGUACUCAGCUGCAGAAUGUCAGAUAUUUUGUCCCCAGAACUCGCUGCACCUUGAACGAAGACCGACAAAGCGCCGCGACCGGAAGCAAACUCAGCAUCGCUAGGCCGCUCUCGCUCUCCCUCUUCGGGUCAGGCUUCUUUCUGGGUACUCUCAUCGAUGGACUCCACUCGCGGGUCAAUCUCGUCGUCUACGAAAAUGGGUCAAUCGAUCUCGGCCCUCUCCACACAAACAUCUGGGUCCCUCCAUUGCUGGGGUUGUUCUAUUGCACUGUUGGGUUGCUUCAACUGUACUUGGAUGAGAGAACUUCUUCAAAGGGUUCUUCACAAGGGAGUUUGGAGAAAACAGUUGCUUCACUGAUAGCACUGGUGGGUUUCAUUGAAUUGAGCGCCGAACUGUACAAAGCUGGAGUGGCAGCCAACAUUGAGGCCUACAUUCUGUUUGCAAUGGCUGAGUUAAUGUGGUUAUUACUGGACAGAAGUUGGUUUGGUUUUGCCUUGGCUUGCGUUGUUGGUCUUGCCUGCCCAUUGGCUGAGAUUCCUCUCAUGAAGUUCUUUAACCUCUGGUAUUACCCACAAGCAAAUGUUGAAAUCCUUGGUCAGGGGUUAGUGACUUGGACAAUCACUUGCUACUUCGUUUACACACCAUUUCUGGUGAAUCUGUCCCGUUGGUUGAGGUCUGUGAUUUCUUCUUGUUAUUCGGAGGACAAGUCUUCCUAGAGGAAAUGCAUUUUUCUUCACUCACAAGUAUCAAAGAGAACAUUUGAUUAUGCCAACUGAACCAACAGACUUCAGCUUUUGGUGGGUUGGUUAAGGCCAUUUCCCAAAAGCCAUGAGGACUUGGAGCGCUGAUCUGAGAAGAGUAUAAUUUACUUCUUUAUAUUGAAUAAGCUCUAUAAAUUCAGGCGUUGAAUGAAGUGAAUCUUGUUCUAUUUUGUUCACGUGGUUUUUUAAUUCCUGAACAUAGUGAUCUCUUAAGACUUAAUUAGGUGAGAUUUGUUACUUUGUAUCAAUGACUGCCAUAAGCUACAGAGCAGAGGAUUGUCUAAUAAUUACGGGGGGCCGAUUUUGCUCAUGUUAUGUGUGUUCUGAAUUGUUGGUUCAUGGACAAUAUACAAGUAAACUGAUUUACAUGUCAGCUGAAUUCUUUAA